AUGAUCAUUCCAGUUGGAUACACCAUACCUGUCUCGACGUUGGAGACAGAGGCUCUGGGCUGUGAUCAACGUGUCUGGCAACACUGCAACCGGUCAGUCAAGAUGGGGACAGAGGUUCAUGGCUGUGGACAACUUGGCAGCAUGGCGUCGCACUUGUCAUCGUGGCUGUCUGUCUGGUUGGAGUCAGAGGUUGUCGACGGUGGCCAUCAUGGAAGCAUGGAGGCGGUCAGCAUGACGGUGGUCAGCUCGGAGGCGGGCGGUAGUCAACGUGGCAGUUAG